CUCAAGUCUGUAUUAUGAAAUGAUUAUAAAGGUAGAUUGUAUUAUUAAACAGAGAAUUGCCAAUUAACUGUUAAUCAGCUAAAAGUAGUUGGUUCAGUUGGCAUUGAUUAACAUAACAGGAAGUUAAGCUAGUUAUUGACAUAUCAGAGUUAUUUUUUACUCUUGCGUGGGACAGGCACAUCGCUUGCAAGCCUGAGGAACUGACAAGACUACAGAGAUAAGGACCUGGAUAUCAGUCUUUCUCAAUAUGGAUUGUUCCAGGUGGAAAAAUAAAUUACUGGCUACAAGUAUUCUUACCAUCAUCAUUGUGUUUUGUCCUGUUACCCAUGGAAUUGAUAUUUUGGUUGUUCCAGUUGAUGGAAGUCAUUGGAUUAAUAUGAGAAUAUUAACAGAAGAACUGAAACUUCAUGGACACAAUAUCACUGUACUUCAUUCCUCCACAGCUUGGUACAUAAAGGAGAUGUCUGAUAUGUAUCAGUCUGUAAUGGUUCAACUACGAGAAUGCCUUAGCCAAAAAGAAACGGAAAGUUUGAUACAAACAUAUCUACAAAAGGCUUUGAAUGCCUUAAAGAAUGGUUGGACACCAUGGGCCUUUGUUCAGCUACGAUAUCAGCUUUGGUCCACUUUGUAUUCAUACCAUCAUUGUGCUGCAGAGCUUACCACUGCAAUUUUUAAUAACGAAGCUGUUUUGAGACAACUUGAAGAUGCUAAGUUUGACUUAGUACUUACUGAUCCUGCUUUUGGUACAGGUCCAAUGCUUGCUUACUAUUUAAAAAUUCCUUUGGUGUACAAUGUUCGAUGGUUCACUAGUGGGGAAGCUCAUUUCCUCUCUGCCCCAUCACCACUUUCAUACAUCCCAGUCCCUGGAUCACAAUAUACAAGCAAAAUGAGUUUUCUGCAAAGAAUGCAAAAUGUAUUUCAAAAUCUUCUUCAGUUAGCAGCUUCAAUAUUUGUCAUUCAGCCAAUUUAUAAUGAACUCUGCCAUCGCUAUCUGAGCCCAGACACAGACAUUGAGACUGUUCUCCUAAGGGCAGAUGUAUGGCUGAUGAGAGUAGAUUUUAUAUUUGAAUUCCCAAGACCCACCAUGCCAAAUAUUGUUUAUGUUGGAGGAUUCCAGUGUAAACCAUCCAAACCUUUAGAGGCAGAGUUGGAGGAGUUUGUCCAGUCCUCAGGGGAAUAUGGGAUUAUUGUCAUGUCAAUGGGGACCAUUGUCAGCUCUUUGCCAAUGCAUAUUACAAUGCAAAUAGCAGAGGCUCUUGCUCAAGUACCUCAGAAGGUAAUCUGGAGACAUGAUGGAAAAAUUCCUCCCAACAUUGGAAAUAAUACCCUACUAGCAAAAUGGAUCCCUCAGAAUGAUCUACUAGGACACCCAAAGACACGAGCCUUCAUUGCCCAUGGUGGCACCAAUGGAGUUUAUGAAGCCAUCUAUCACGGGGUGCCAGUAGUUGGCAUACCUCUGCUUUUUGACCAGUUUGAUAAUUUACUCAGACUUGAAAUCCGAGGUGCUGCAAAAGUGAUUAAUGUCGCAACCAUGCAGUCAACACAACUAUUGCAGGCACUUAAUGAGGUUAUAUAUGACACAUCUUAUCGGGAGAACAUGCAGAAGCUCUCUGCUCUCCACAGAGACCAACCCGAGUCUCCAAUGGAGAGAGCUAUUUUCUGGAUUGAGUAUGUUGCCCGACACAAAGGGGCAGCACAUUUGCGCUCAGAAUCUUACCGACUCCCCUGGUACGUUUACUAUUGUGUAGAUGUGAUGAUCUUCCUGGUGUCUUUGUUCCUCAUGGUUACAGGGCUGACAGUUGUCCUGUUGAAGAAACUUUGUAGCAUUGUUUGGAAGAGUAAACUAAAAAUUCAGUAAUGUUGAGUCUUUCAGACUGGAAGAGGAGCUUUGAAUUUUUCCAAUUUUAAAAUAAGAGAGUUUAAAUGCAGAAGGCAAAUGAUUAGCAUUAGAAUUUGGCAGUGUAUUAGUCCUUUUGUGCAGAUAUGGACAUGGAAAUGCAAUACUUAAAUUUUACAGGGAAGAGCAACAUGUAUUUCCACAUAUGUACAAUUAACCAUCACAUUCAUUCACAAGUGUUGAAGAAUAUAGAUGAAAAUAUAGAACAUCUUGGAAUCAUUAGCAGUGCCAGCCAUUUCCCCAUCCCACCUGUUUUCAAAAACUCACCAUUUCCACUCCAACUCAUUGUCAGCUUGUUGGGACCUUUGGUUUCUUAUACCACAUA